UCCUAUUUUCACUAGGGGUUGCUCUUUGCAUCUUCUCCAGAGUAUCAGCAGGAGGCCAGGCACAUGGCCGCCGCCCUGGGAGCCUGUCACUUUCUGAGUCUUGGCGGAGCCUGCCCGUGUUUGGAGUCGCAGUGGUAGCUCUGCUUGCAGUCUUGGGUCCUGAGGCUGCCGGCUGACUAUGGGUACGACGGCUAGCACAGCCCAGCAACCGGUCUCGACGGGCACCCCCCUCGAGGGUCUCCAGGGUGGUGGCACCAUGGACAGCCGGCCUUCAUUUGGCACCCACACCUUCCAUUCCACAAGCCUGCACAACAGCAAGGCCAAGUCCAUCAUCCCCAACAAGGUGGCCCCUGUUGUGAUCACGUACAACUGCAAGGAGGAGUUCCAGAUCCACAAUGAGCUGCUCAAGGCCCAUUACACUCUGGGCCGGCUCUCGGAUGCUACCCCUGAGCACUACCUGGUGCAGGGCCGCUACUUCCUAGUGCGGGAUGUUUCUGAGAAGAUGGAUGUUCUAGGCACCUCGGGGAGCUAUGGGGCCCCCAACUUCCGGCAGGCUCGGGGUGGGCCUGCUGUGUUUGGCAUGGGACAGCCCAGCCUCUUGGGGUUCACGCGGAUCCUCCAGAAACUCCAGAAGGAUGGGCACAAGGAGUGCAUCAUCUUCUGUGUGCGGGAGGAGCCUGUGCUGUUCCUGCGUGCUGAUGAGGACUUUGUGUCCUACACACCUCGAGACAAGCAGAACCUUCAUGAGAACCUACAGGGCCUGGGUCCUAGGGUCCAGGUGGAGAACACAGAGCUGGCCAUCCAGAAAGAGAUCCAAGACUUUGCCCAGCUGAGUGAGAACACCUACUAUGUGUACCAUGACACGGACAACCUGCGGGGGGAGCCCCAUACCGUGGCUGUCCGGGGGGAGGACGAUGUGCGUGUGACCGAGGAGGUGUACAAGCGGCCCCUCUUCCUCCAGCCCACCUACAGGUACCACCGCCUGCCUCUGCCAGAACAAGGGGCCCCCCUGGAAGCCCAGUUGGACGCCUUUGUCAGUGUCCUGCGGGAGACCCCCAGCCUGCUGCAUCUCCGAGAUGCCCACGGGUCUGCCCCCACCCUCCUCUUCAGCUGCCAUUCGGGCGUGGGCAGGACCAACCUGGGCAUGAUCCUGGGCACCCUCGUGCUGUUUCACCACAGCAGGGUCAUCUCACAGGCGGAGUCCGGCCCCCUGCAGACCAAGCCCUUACCCAUGGAGCAGUUCCAGGUGGUCCAGAGCUUCCUGCACACAGUGCCCCAGGGAAGGGGAAUGGUGGAGGAGGUGGACAGAGCCAUCGCUGCCUGUGCUGAGUUGCAUGAUCUGAAGGAGGAGGCCCUGGAAAACCAGAGGAAGCUGGAAGGCAUCCGGCCGGAGAGUGGAGCGCAGGGAAGCAGUGGACAGCAUCUUGUCCGGCAGAGGGCGCUGCGGAGCCUGGAGCGCUACUUCCACCUGAUCCUGUUCAGCUACUAUCUGCAUGAGCAGUACCCCCUGGCCUUUGCCCUCAGUUUCAGCCGCUGGCUGUGUGCUCACCCCGAGCUCUACCGCCUGCCUGUGACGCUGAGCUUGGGGGUGCCUGUGGCUCCCAGGGACCUCCUUGCCCAGGGCUCCCUGGAGGCAGAUGAUCUUGUGUCCCCGGAUGCACUCAGCACCGUCAGAGAGAUGGGUGUGGCCAACUUCCGGCGUGUGCCCCGCAUGCCCAUCUAUGGGAUGGCCCAGGCUAGUGCCAAGGCCCUGGGCAGCAUCCUGACCUACCUGACUGAUGCCAGAAGGAAGCUGCAGCAGGUGGUCUGGGUCAACCUGCGGGAAGAUGCCAUGUUGGAGUGUGACGGUCACACCCACAGCAUGUGGCCGCCUGGGCCCCCCAUGACCCCCGCUCAGUUGGAGGCCAUGGAGGCCCAGCUGAAGGCCCACCUGAGCAUGCCGCCCCCCGACACAAAGGGCCCACCGCCCCCCAGGUUCCAGAAGUGCCUCACCAUGCAGGAGGUCUUCAGCCAGCACCGUGGGGCCUGCCCUGGCCUCACCUACCACCGAGUCCCCCUGCCGGACUUCUGUGCCCCCAGAGAGGAGGACUUUGACCGGCUGCUGGAGGCCCUGCGGGCCGCCCUUGCCAAGGACCCUGGCACUGGCUUUGUGUUCAGCUGCCUCAGCGGCCAGGGCCGGACCACAACUGCUAUGGUGGUGGCCGUGCUGGCCUUCUGGCGCAUCCGAGGCUGCCCCGAUGUGGGUGAGGAAGAGCUCGUGAGCGUGCCUGAUGCCAAGUUCACCAAGGGCGAGUUUCAGGUAGUGAUGAAGGUGGUGCAGCUGCUGCCUGAUGGGCACCGCACGAAGAAGGAGGUGGACGCAGCGCUGGACACAGUCAGCGAGACCAUGACACCCAUGCACUACCACCUGCGGGAAAUCAUCAUCUGUACCUACCGACAGGCAAAAGCUGCCAAAGAUGAGCAGGAGGCACGGAGGCUGCAGCUUCGCAGCCUGCAGUACCUGGAGCGCUACAUCUACCUGAUCCUCUUCAAUGCCUACCUCCACCUAGAGGAGGCAUGCUCCUGGCAGAGGCCCUUCAGCACCUGGAUGUGGGAGGUGGCAUCCAAGGCUGGAGUCUAUGAGAUCCUCAACCAGCUGGGUUUCCCUGAGCUGGAGAGCACAGAGGACCAGCCCUUCUCCAGGCUGCGACACCGGUGGCAGGAGCGGAGCCUUGGGCCUGAGCCCUCAGCUGGCAGGGAUUUCCUGUAGGGGCUUCCUCCUGCCCCUCUCCAGGUCUUCUUUGCUGGGACUGUCCCCAGGGAGCUGGUCUUGCAGAAGCAACUCCCAGCUUCCUGGAGUGACUGGGUGGGGCAGGGAGUCUUUUGGAAAGAGCUUUAUCUAGGAUCUGUAGCUGGCACAGCCAUUCAGAGGCACAUGGACACCUCCGGGAGACCUGGUGUAGGCACCUGGCAGAUAGCUGGGGUUCGGCUUUCAAACUGCCAAGCAGCUGAUUGUCAUUGUCACUUCUGUCCUCUUUUCUCCCUCUCAAAGGUUCUGAUGGCCCAGCCAGUGUCAGUUUCCUUCCCUCUCUUCCUCUGACUGCCCUGCAUCCUUCCCCCUUUUUCCCCUCAGCACUGCCCUGGGGACCCUGGCUGUCUGAGGUAGGAGGAUUGAUGACCUUAAAUACAGCUUUACCCAUUGUCUCUCCUGCCCUGACCAUCUCCAUCUGGGGAGAUGCAAGGACAGCGUGUGGCCAGGGGCUGGCUGGCUUUAGCUUCUCCUUUGUAUUCCCUCUCCCCUUUCCCUGGACUGGCAGGAUGUGGAAGUCUGUGAGGAGCUGGAAACAUCAGGGGCUCCAUCUUGGGGAUCUAGAAAGCACUUUUGGAAAGCGUUUCUGGAGGCUGAUGCAGCACUGUGGAGGAAGAGUUCAAAUUGCCCUGGCGCCCGGGCCAAGGUGCCAGGCAGCCUAUCUUCCCUGCUUAUCCUUCUGGCCCUGGAGGUGUCCAGGACACUCCAUGCCCACCCCCGCUGCAGCAGGACCCAAAGGGUGGUUGUCGGGGUGGCCCUCAUGAACAGUGGAAUGUGAGAGACUGGGUCAAGGAUGUUGGGAGGGGAUCCCCUGGAUUCCAGGCCAGCCUUGCAGAGGAUGCUUGAGCUUCCUCCCUGGGGGAGUACAAAGGCCAAACCCUGCUGAGUUAUGGUCCCGGGAUCACCUCUGUCCUGGGGAGGCUGUGGGGAGGGGCAGAAGAUAGGCUUUCAGGCCAGGGCUGUUCUUUGCUGAAACCCAAAGUUUGGGCAGUAAAGAGCCCAUCUGCCCACCUGGCUCCUAGAGCCAGGGAAACCUCUCCAGUUGGGCUCAUGCAUUUCUGCAGAAAGACAGAAGGAUGUCACUGGGUAUGGUGGCUCACACCUGUAAACUCAGCACUCUGGAGGCUGAAGCAGGAGGAUUGCUGUGA